AUGUCCAAGUCGUCUGCAACCGUUGCCAACAAAAAUACUAAAUCUAGUGCUUCCCAUGGAAAGGAUCAUAGUUCAGUGGCUUAUGAACAAUUAUUCUUCUACGGAAAAGAUAGUGAUGAUUUUGAUUGUUUUGGCAUCGGCAACCACGCUGUCACUCGAUUUCUUGAUUGCAAGGACGAUAAACCGGACACCUUCAGAAGAAUAUUUGGUGGAAAGAAGAUAUCAGCCAAGAACUUGUCACAAAAACUGUUACAAGCAGCUCACAAUCAAAUAUCUGCCUUUGCUAUUGAGGCAGAGUUAAAUUUCGCAGACUGCAAUGGCCGGUUUUCUGAUUACUUUGAAGACGAGUAUUCCUACGAUUUAGAACCCUUGUUAUGGGUUCAAAGAGAAAGCUCUUAUAGCUUCAUUACUGAUAAGUAUUACAAGAAUAUUUCUGGUUGGGAGUUCUGUGAAUCAUUUGGUCGUUUGACUUUAGAAUUCGAGGCACUUCAGACUCUUGGUAGCAAAGCAGGCAAUUCCGAGGCUUUACGCACUGAGAAAAUCGCCUAA